AUGCGCCAGGAGCGACAGGAGCGACAGGAGCGACAGGAGCGGCUAGCAGCUGAUGAUGAGGAGGAGGAUUUCUUCCCAGGCCUGUCUGUGGAAGCCAACCGCGGCUUCGGGCGAGGCAGACCGAUGGGACGAUUCUUAGAGGGCCCCUUCCUUGGGCGUGGCAUGGGCCGUGGCCGGGCGCUUGCGCCACCACCCGGGUUGCAGGGCUUGCAGCUAUCGGGCAGUCAGCGGCUGCCUGGAAGCCUGUCACGGCCUUGGAUGGCAGGACCUCCCAUCCCGGAGGAUGAGGAUGUGACCACACCGCAGAUGACCUGGGUCGAUCCCCAGAAUCGCUGGUCGGUGCCGUCUUUGGACCUUCCAGGAGCAAGGCGGGCCUGGGCCGAUAUGGACAGCGGCUCGGAGAUGAGCUUUUCAGAGCAAAAGGGUCAGAUGAGCUACGUCACAACUCCCAAGCAGAAGUGGUCUAAGACACCGUCACCUCCGAGUUCUCCUGCAGCUGGCUUGAUGACCUUCGGGCUGCCAGACGCAUUGAAUUCCUUGCCAUCCUUAUCGUGUCACCCUGCAGCGCCGGCCUUGCCCUCUGCCACCUCUGCCAUGGGCAACUCGCUGAAGGAGCGAGAACAGACCGACUUUGUGAUCCCGGUGUACGUGACGGUACCCAUCGCCAUGGCGAAGUGCUGCCCACAUUGCGGGAAACACUUUGCCGAGAUGCCGAACCAGGAUGUACCUGGAGACUGA